AUGGCAACAAGAUACGAGAUAGAGAGGUUCAAUGGGAAAAAUUUUUCAUUGUGGAAACUGAAGAUGAAGGAAAUUUUGAGAAGGAACAAUUGUCUAGCGGCAAUUGAAGAAAGACCUACGGGCAUUACAAAGAAAAAGUGGAAGGAAAUGGAUAACAAUGCUAUAGCAAAUUUGCAUUUAGCAUUGGCAGAUGCGGUUUUAUCCAGCAUUGCAGAGAAGACUACAGUGAAGGAGAUUUGGGAUACUCUCACAAGCAUGUACGAGGUUAAGUCACUUCACACAAGAAUAUUCUUGAAGAGAGAACUCUAUACUCUUUGA